AUGUCUCCUUCGCCUCCGCGGCAAGGUCUGAGCAAGCGAACCCGCGCCGGAAGUAACCAGCCACAGUCGCGAUUGUCCACCCCAGCGCGACGCGGUGGUGUCCUAGCUCCUGUCAGAGACGAUGACUCUGUGUUUUCUGGAUCCGGGAUGGAUGUGGACGAGGAGGGUUCCGAGAUAUAUGAGCGGGGACCGCGGACGGAAACCGUAUUCUCGAAAUCGAGGGAGAUGACGGUAACGUUCUACGCGCAUUUGCCUCUGGAGGUUAAGCAGGCCCUUCGCAAUGCAGACUUCUUCAGGGAGGGGUAUACAGGGGAUGUAGAUCCCGUAACCGGUUUCGCGGUAGUUGCUUCUUUGACCACAUGUUUCGUGUGGAAGUAUAGUCAGGCUUUGACGGGGACCCCGACAUGCUACAUCUUCAGUUGUCCGCUCGAUGUCUCUCCUCCACCGAUGACCACGCCAUUUCACGCCCUCGUCCCGUUCGGCGCACAACGCGAACCAGGACUCAUCAUUAGUUCGAACAUUGGACAGGUGAAAUUCUGGGAUAGCAUCGCAAUGGGCCUGGCGGGAGGCGACAACUAUACGUUCUUGCUUUUGGGGUUACAGACGGGGGAGAAUGUGACAAGUCUCGCCCGCGCGGACGCGCUGACGUUCAUUCUUUCAACCUCUAUAGGCCGACUAUUCCGACUACUAGUAACCUCGUCCGGCGGGAAGUACCACUUAUCCCACCAUGUCUUCAGCCGGCCAUCUUCUUCCCUGUCCUUGACCCGUCUCCUCCCGGGUUUCUGGUCUGUCCAGGAGCUGCAGCCACAGCCUGGCAACAUCAAUGCGGUCGCCGUCUGUGAUCUUGCUCGUGGUGCCACUGGACGCGUACUAUGGACCCUUGUUGAUACUAGGCUGCAACAAUGGAACAUGUCUAUUGAAGGUUGGGAAGAAUUGUUGAUGGAGGAGGACGUUGGUGACCAGACACGGGAAGCGAUUCGGAAGCAAUUCCCCUACGCUCCGCCAGAGGAUAUCGACCUGGACCUUGAACUCCUCGAUUUGAAGAUGCAGGGGACCAACGACAUGGUUCUGCUCGUUUCCUUCGCUGGCCAGGACGACGACAUCUCCAUGGAGGUAGUAGCGCAUCCUCGCCGCAUCUAUGCCAUCCUCUCCAUCAGGCAUCUACCUGGGGCCUUCCAUGUUCUGAAAGUGCAAGCAGUCCCAUACCAGAGCACAUCCAGCUCUGGCGCACCCAUGCACCCCAGGUUGCAGACUGUUGUUCCAGCGAAGCUCGUUGCAGUACAGUUCGGGGACGCGGUGACGAUAUGCUCACAAGAGAACGACUAUAUGGAUCGACUAGAGCUUAAAUCGACCAGUGAUCGUACAUUGGGCGUCGGUGUCAUCGAGAGAGAGAGCUCGUUGCUGGUCCUCACUGCUGCGACCAUGAUGAAAACAGAGAUCGACCUCGACGAGGUCGCGCGGUUCCAUCCUGAAACUGGUCGUGCCACUUUGAUCAAGUCGACCAUGACGAAGGCGAUCCUGUACGGUUCAUUGCCAGAAAAUCCUUUGCACUUCAGCUUCCCUCCUGAGAUCGACGAAGAGGCACUCAUGACCGGCGCUGAACAACUGAGUGAAGCUGUUCUCGAAUCGGAUCCCGAGGUUGUGCGCGUCCACCAUGACCUCAACUCUCAAAUGACCGGCCGUAAGGAACGUCUAAGCUUCCUGAUUAAAUUCAUCAACGACAAUUCAGCGUUGACGAAGAUGUCUCAACGGAGUCGUCAAACGCUGGCCACGGAUGCGGAGAAGCUCUACGCGGCCCAUCAGCUUUGGCAACGCCAUAACGAGAUACGCAGGUCUGGACAUGCUCGUGAUCUCCUCUAUGAUGCUGUAUAUCACUACAUGAGCUCUAUUGGCGAAGGUCAUCAUGAGGAUUCCCUCCGCGCGUUUCUCAGACUCCGUGUACGGGACCUCGGCAGUCUUCUCCCCCAUGUUGACGAACUGGUUCAUCGUGCGUCGUCGACCCUGAACGGGAACUCCGCUGAGGUCAUUGAUCAAGCGAAUCAAAUCGUUCUGACGAUCCUUCAAUGUGCACAUAACUACAGGCAGUUCAACUUGGGUGUGUACGGCAUCGGGGUCAACGAACCCAUGAUCGACCCAUGGACGAGCCAGCCAAACGUCAUUGACCUCGUCAACGAGCUGUUCCUUCUUACGACCCAGCUUGUAGAGGCGGGAGCUGGUGAUGCAGAGGCCGCAAGCACCAAGAGGUUACCAAGAUCUCAGCUGUCCGAUCUAGCGUCGACUCUCUUCCGAUGCGUUCAAGAACGACUGGAUUGGCUGGACAGCCCCAGUGCUGCAGAACAGUCGGGAGUGGAGAGGGAACGCUCAGAGCUCAAGGAGCAGUUCCGUCAGCUUCGCCCUGAGGUUCUGGAGACGCUGAGAAGGAACGAAUUCGCCAACGAGGCAUUCAAGUUGGCGGAAGACUACCACGAUUUCCGGAGCCUCGCGUCUCUGUGCCACAAGGGCAAGGUUUACCCUCCACAAGAGAACCCCAACGCGGCGCGGAUAGAAGCAUACAUCGAGAAAUUCAAGGAGGCGUUCACGACGGAGCUCUACCACUGGUACAUCGAGCACGGCGAGCUGCGCACCCUGUUCGCACAGCAAGACCAUAUCGAAUAUAUGGAUCUAUUCUUCGCCGAACAUCCCCAUCCUGGUAUCUCCUGGUUGCAUGACCUCGGGCGUGGUCGUUUUGCGCUUGCAUCCCAGGCCUUGCUGUCGGAGGCAGAACACGCUCCGGAGAUCGCCUCAAAACAACUCAUGCUCAGCAUGGGGAAGCUCUCGCAUCUCGCACAGUUGCACGAAGGCCAGACUUCCAUCAGCCAGGAUGUCUUGGAUGCUUUCCAUGAUGGGUUGGAUUUUGUGAGCGUACACGAGACGGUGACCGAGGAUUUGAAGAAGGCCCUUGCAUCCGUGCGGCAGCGGCAGUCGCUAGAGAUGCAGGUAGAGACCAUUGCCCAGCAAAAGGCGAUGAACCUUGGCAAUCGUCGAGCGUUCUAUAACGUAUUCAAGCACCUUGUUCGCUUGCUGCUGCAAGGCAAAGCACUGUCUGUUGAGGAUAUGGCCGACGUCCUCACUCUGAAAGACAACUACGAGUACGUAGGGGAUUAUGUCACUGCGCUACAUCUCUUAGCUCGCGCGGAGACCAUUCCCAGCGGGCGGAGGCUGAACGCGUUCAGAAACGUCUGGCGACGGAUCUUGUUACAUGAUGAUUGGAACAUGAUCCGCCAGACCGCCGGUGUAACGGAUCAAGAGCUGAACGAGCGACUCCGUAGUACAGCGCUUUACGCCGCGUUGCAGGCCGUCGCGCACAAAAAGGACCGCCCACAAGGCUACAAGCUCACACCGGAGGAGGCACUAGACAUCCCGCCUCAGGAAGAGAUCGAGCUGCGGUUGCCGAGCAUGUCUCCGGAGGAGAUCCUCGCCAUCGAGCGUGACUACGAGAGGGACAGCCGGGCGUUGCAGGACCUCGACUUGAUGGACAUCUACAGAAGCGUCGAGCAGAUUGCGAACCAAGAUCUUGGCCUUCCAGACAGCCCAUGA